GCCACUGUGUGGUGAACAGUUAGUAAAUAUUUUCAAAAUGAUUGUUUGUAAAAUUGCUUUUGUGGGUUUUUUAACAGCCGUCAUUGCACUUCCGAUGAAGCAACCGGUUUGGCAUUUGAUUCAAAACACAGAAGGAACUUUUCACUUGGUCAACAUCGAACCGGAUCAACUGUCGAAAGAAAGUGUUCGUAGCGAUCCCGAUCCGCUGUUUGAUCCGGAGAAUGACAUGAGUUUUCAUCUCUUCACCAGAAAUAAUCCAAGUUCUGCACAGUUUUUAGUGAUUGGAAACCCGGCAUCGAUAGCCGGCUCGAACUUCAACCCAGCGCAUCCAACUCGCUUCACCAUUCAUGGCUGGGGGAGCAGUGCUAAUGAUGGCAUGAAUUCGGCUAUUCGUGAUCGACUGCUUGCCAUGGGGGAAUACAAUGUUAUCUAUGUCGACUGGAGUAUUGGUGCUGCGAGUCCAGAUUAUGCCGUAGCUCGGCAACAAGUGGGACCUGCUGGAUUCGGACUUGGACGACUGAUCGAUCAACUAAUUGAACACGCGAAUGCUAAUCCGAAUGACAUGAACGUUAUCGGUUUCAGUUUCGGUGCACACGUAGCGGGGAACGCUGGUAAACAUCUGAAUGGGCAGUUGAAUUCCAUUAUUGCGUUGGAUCCGGCGGGUCCACUGUUCCAUCCUGGACAGGAAGAUUCAGUGUCUCCACAGGACGGAGUAUAUGUUGAAACUAUUAUGACUAAUGCUGGGCAAGUGGGAAUAGAUUGGCCUGUUGGGCAAGCUAAUUUUUACCCGAAUGGAGGAAGAACGCAACCCGGCUGUGGCCCUGAUACUGGCGGAGGUUGUGCGCAUGUGCGAGCUCCAACGUAUUUCAUCGAAUCAAUCGGUACAUCGGUUCCGUUCCGAGCUACACGGUGUGCAAGCUAUGAUGAGAUUUUGGAAGGUUUAUGUACUCCUAGUGGUGCUGAUGCAAACAUGGGCGGAGAACCGUCCAAUCAAGGUCGGGGAGUAGAUGGAAUAUAUUUUCUGACGACUAACGCCGCGUCACCAUUUGCGCAAGGUUAA